AUGGUGUACUUUUUUUCGAGAAGUGUGUUGCUGGUAGUCGUCGUCUCCCUGGUCGGCAGGGUCGGCCUGGCCCUGAAGGAGAAAGCAACAGCCAAGAGCCGCAAUGCAUUCCUCGACUUCUUCAAACUGACCGGAGACGUGGUUCCCUCCACCUACCCGGUGCUGAAGUUCAACCAGAGCGCCAAUAACGACUCGACGUUUGCCGCGCUGCGUCGCCGCGAGCUCCAGGAGCUUCAGGACGAGGCGGCGCGACUCCUGCCGUUGCAGCGGCGCAACUUCGAGGGAAUCAGCGACACUCUGUUCAGGCAAUCGCGCUCAGUGGAUGAACUGGCAACGGCCAUGGAGCGACAGUAA